GCCCUCCUCCCAUUGAGCGAGGCUGUGUCGCGUGGCCUAGCGUCGGCGUGACGGUUGGACGCGGGCGCGGCACUGCGGGUCCCGAUUGCUGCAGCCGCUUGUCAGUGUGAUGAAGAUUGGCACCCAGAGUCCAUGCACUUUCACUCAGGAUGAUCUGAGGCCUCGUAAAACGCUCAGUAACCAUGAUGGCCACACAGACGCUGAGCAUAGACAGCUACCAAGACGGGCAGCAAAUGCAAGUAGUAACAGAGUUAAAAACAGAGCAAGAUCCACACUGCUCUGAGCCUGACGUGGAAGAAGUGAGCCCUCCUCCUGUGGAGUCUCAGACACCGAUGGAUGCAGACAAGCAGGCCAUUUAUAGGCAUCCACUGUUUCCAUUAUUAGCUUUGUUGUUUGAAAAAUGUGAACAAUCCACCCAGGGCUCUGAAGGCACAACUUCUGCCAGUUUUGAUGUGGACAUUGAAAAUUUUGUAAGGAAGCAAGAGAAAGAGGGGAAACCCUUCUUUUGUGAAGAUCCAGAAACUGACAAUUUAAUGGUAAAAGCAAUCCAGGUUUUGCGUAUUCAUCUUCUGGAGCUGGAAAAGGUUAAUGAACUCUGCAAAGAUUUCUGCAGUCGCUAUAUUGCUUGUUUAAAAACGAAAAUGAACAGUGAGACCUUGCUGAGUGGGGAGCCUGGGAGUCCGUACUCCCCUGUGCAGUCCCAGCAGAUUCCAAGUGCCAUCACAGGCACCAUCAGCUCUCAAGGAAUUGUGGUGCCGGCGUCUGCGCUGCAACAGGGGAACGUGGCCAUGGCGACCGUGGCAGGUGGCACAGUGUAUCAGCCCGUCACGGUUGUCACUCCUCAAGGCCAGGUGGUCACACAGGCGCUAUCACCUGGGACAAUUAGGAUCCAGAACUCGCAGCUUCAGUUACAGCUAAAUCAAGAUCUGAGCAUCUUGCAUCAAGAUGACGGCUCAUCUAAGAAUAAAAGGGGCGUUCUCCCGAAGCAUGCCACAAACGUGAUGCGGUCCUGGCUCUUCCAGCACAUAGGGCACCCCUACCCUACUGAGGAUGAGAAGAAACAGAUUGCUGCUCAGACAAAUCUGACACUGCUCCAGGUCAACAACUGGUUCAUCAACGCUAGAAGACGGAUUCUCCAGCCCAUGUUGGAUUCCAGUUGUUCAGAGACCCCCAAGACAAAGAAAAAAACUGCUCAGAACAGGCCAGUUCAGAGGUUUUGGCCUGACUCUAUUGCAUCUGGGGUCACACAGCCGCCGCCCAGCGAACUCGCCAUGACGGAAGGAGCUGUUGUAACCAUCACCACACCUGUGAACAUGAACGUGGACAGCCUCCAGUCUCUGUCCUCGGACGGGGCCACCCUGGCGGUACAGCAGGUCAUGAUGGCGGGGCAGAGUGAGGACGAGUCUGUGGACAGCACGGAGGAUGACGGGGCCCACAGGUUUGAAAGAAGCUCCUGCACCUGCCUCUGCCAGUGUGGGGUGGCGACUCCCAGCGCGGCCCGCGUGGGACUCCAGCGAGUGGGUGGCGGUUUGACAAGUUACGUUCUCUCAUAUUCAGUGAGCCUGUUUCAUUUGCUAUAUAUAAAAAGAAACUCCUAUUUUUACCUUGCUGGAAUUAUUGGAUAAAAAGCUAUUUUUAUAAAUUCAUUAUGAAUUGGAUUAUGACUAUAUUGAGGAUAAAAUUUCUAGAGAAGAAACAAUACAUGCUUGCUAUUUCAAUUUGCAAUGUUCUGAAUUUACCAAAUUUAAGGAACCUGCCCAAAGUUAGCUCCCAUCCUGCGGUCUUCUGCUCCCUCAGGUAGUAAUUUACAUUUACUACUAUAAAACAAAAAGCUAUUAAUGAAAUGUUGGUAUUUUCAAGUUUUUCUUUAUAUAGAAUGCUCAGACUGAUGUAAACAUGUAUGGAAGGUGUUUGCUAAGUAGGACUUCGGGUAAGUGGGGUGGACGGUAGCCGGAAGGCAGCAGAGGAGAGCCCUCGCCGUGCGUGUGCCAGACCACCGAGACUUGACUGCAGCCUCACGGCUGCUUCACCAGGGCCACUGUGUCUUAUUUUAGGAUUUUUUAUUUGGAAUAUGUUAUGCAUAGAAUGUUUACUACAGACUAAUAUAAAAUGUGCUCUACCCUAUUGGCUCAGAGCUAGGGUAAGUAGCAAACUUCCUGACUUUGUCCCGUAGUUAGCAGAUACCCACAAAGGCGUAGCAAUGAAUUAAAAAUAAACUGAGGACGGCACCGUGGCAGGCGUCCCACCUAGUUGGUUCACACACAUUCACAGGGGGCCUCUGGUGUCAAUUGUUUUUCCACACAUCGUUUCAGAAUUUCCAGAGCCUUCCCUUCUCACUGAUGACCUGAGAUUGGGAAUAAUUUUUGGACUUCUGUCUUUUGGCACAAGACUUGGAAUGAUUUAGGACUUCUGUUUUCCGGUAACAAGAUGAAUUGAGAGUAGGCUGGGUUUUGUCGUCUUUGGUUUUGAUUUACUUUGAUUUGUUUAGUAGGAGUGGGGCUUUUUCUCAGAGAAAACUGGCCACUUUGUCUCACACAGACCCCUUUCUAUCAGCUUGGGUGGGCUGCAGGCGGCACAGCUCCGUCUGUUUGUAAAGGACAGUCAGAAGGCAUCAGUUCUUGAGACUUAACAGUCUCGGUCGGGUGUAAACCAGGCUUACAUUGAGGGACAUUUUGAGCUAGUGCAGAUUCUUUUCUGUAACUGAUUUUUCCCCAAAAAUAUAUUAAUUGAUCAUAGGAGAAUAUUUCCUAGAUAACUUGAAGUCAGCAAGAAAUUACUUAAAAAAUAUUUCAGGAGCUAUAACUAAAAGAAAAACUUGAUUAUCAUCUCUUUUGGGGAAAGAAUAACAUUUUUAAGUAGCCAUUGCAUUCCUUAUUUAUAAACAGUUUUUAAUAUUUUAGGUCAGGUCUACACAAGUCUGAAAGGUUAUUUUUACUUAAGUUCCAGCUUUGAGGGACUACUCAAAAUGAGCCACGUGGAAGCCCACCCCUUCUUCCUUCCUUCCCUCACACGCUCUGUCUCUUUGGCUUCCUGUUCUUUCAUGCAGAAGAUUAGUGGGAACAUUCACAGAAUGUGGACUUGUGGAUUGGUCUCUGUUUCUUCCUGCCAGAAAUCAUGUUUGCUGGAGCCGUAGACGGUGUAUCUGUGCAUGCUACCAAGCCGGGCACGGUGGCUGACUGUGUGGUCCCAGCUCCCAGCUACGGGGUAGGCUGAAGGUGGGAAGCUUACUUGAGCCCAAGAGUUGGGCUCCUGAGAGUUGGGCUCCCAAGAGUUGGGCUCCCAAGAGUUGGGCUCUCAGAUUGCUCCUGAGAGCUGCCACUGAUUCCAUCCCAGGUGACAGGCACGACUCUAUCUGGAGACUUAGCUGGUAGGGGGUGCUCCGGCCAGAGAGUUGAACAUCCAUGCUAAAUGGCACCCGUGAUUCUCUUCAGCUGAAACCCAUUUCUUAAGCUCUAAAUUCUUACGUAACUAAAUUUAGAGAAGUAGGGCAGAGGUUUAAAGGGAAGUCACUACCGACACAGCCUGAGUUUCCUUUACGUUCUCCAUGAAUGACUAAGAUGCUUUUAGGUAACUUUUGCAUGGCGCUGGUUCCGUUAAGGAGACGGCCGCCCGGCAUGUUAGUCUGUCCCUUCCAGGCCCUGUUUUCCAGCCUUUGCACAGUGGAGAAACUAUAAAGUGGGUCCGCUGUCAGAUUCCAUUUCAGAUGACCAGAGUCUAGCCCCACUCUGUUCUUGGUGGGUCUUCCCUUGGAGGGGUCAUUCUGAGUGGGUUUUGAGACCGAAACUGAGCGUGUCAUUGUGUGCUCAGCAAGCUCCAAAGGGGUCACGCGUGGUGUGCUGUGCUUCUUCAGGUGGUGAAAUAAGGGGAAUGCCAAGUAUGCAGAGAAGACCUCCCAGCAGAGGGUUCCAGGCGUCCUUUCCGUGUGACCUGUUGAACGGUCCGUUUCCCCCUGAUGUGAGGAGGCGACAGAGCACUUUGUUGACUUGGCGGCAGCGCACCCACAGGUGCUCACCAGAGUGGCUGGCUCUGGCAGUUAGUGACAGAAGUAACUCCACAAGCUUCCUUGGUUCUAGUUAUGUUUGGUCUUCGAAACUGACAAUCUUUAAAAUGUGAAUACUGUAACAAUAUGUUUUCUUGGAUUGUUGUCUUUAAAAAGGAUUUUUGUGAAGCAAUUGAUUUAUCAAAUCAAAAAAAUUAAAAACAGAAACAUGCUUUA